AUGUCAACCACUACUGCUAGUCAGAUUGUAACAACGACAUCGAAUGAAGUAACAACUACUAGUACUUCCUCACCACCUGUCAAACGUAUACCAGAAAAUUUGCAACAAUUGCUGUAUGAAUUGACCAUUAAACCCAAUUUUACUAAUGAAAAAUUUUCAGGUGAUCUUUUUUAUACCUUUACUUGUCUCGAACCCACUAAUCAAGUAAUUCUUCAUAUGCAAGAUUUACUCAUUGAAAAUUCAAGUUUAAAAAUCAUCAAUUCAUCGUCUAGCUCUAUGCCAAUAUUUCUCUCAUGGUCCUAUGAUCAAUUUAAUCAACUUAUGAUAUUCACAUUUUCGUCCAACUUUACAUCAGGAACCAACUAUACGCUUCGUGUUAUUUAUUCGGGUGAUAUCAUUCAUGAUCACCACAGUUUGUACAUGAGUCACUACACCGAUGUCAAAGGGAGGAGACGCAUAUUUAUGACAUCACAUAUGGAAGCCACUAGUGCUCGAGGUGUUCUUCCAUGUAUCGACGAACCUGCUCGUAAGGCUAUAUUUAAAAUCAGUGUCAUCCAUGAUCCUUCAUAUGCUGUAUGGUCCAAUGGAGAAAUUCAAAGAACCGAACCGCUUAACGAUGGACGAACUCUUUCACAUUUCACUCCGACAUUAAAAAUGUCCACAUAUCUACUAGCACUCAUCGUAGCACCAAAAUCCGAUUUUGCUUGUCUCCCAGAUCGUAUCAUAAAUUCAAAAAAUAUCAAAUCACGAGUAUGUGGACGUAUUGAUAUUCUGCCACAAUUAACCUAUGCCGACGAAGUAGCAUACAGAAUAUUGGAAUUUUUCAAUACAUACUUUGACAUUGAUUAUCCAUUGUCAAAAAUUGAACAUUUUGCUGUUCCGGAUUUUUCUGGAGAAGCCAUGGAAAACUAUGGUUUAUUGAUCUAUGAUGAAUUAGGUUUGAUUUUCGAUGAGAAAACCGUAUCGAGUUCAAGACAACAAUACAUAACAGAAUUGAUAGCUCAUGAAGUAGCUCAUCAAUGGGUUGGAGAUUUAGUUACACCUGCUUGGUGGAGUGAACUAUGGUUGAAAGAAGGUAUUGCUAGUUAUAUGGAAACACUAGCAUCCAACUUUGUUCAACCUUCGUGGAUGCUAAAGGAGCAAUUUUUUAUAGAAAAAAUCUUCCAAUUUAUAAAGCCCGAUUCAUUGUCAACAUCACGACCGAUUAGUAUCGAAGCAACUAAUCUGACCGACAUCUCUCAAUUGUAUGAUUCAAUUACUUAUUAUAAAGGUGCGACGCUCACCCGUAUGAUGUCAAUGUUUUUGGGAGAUAAAACUCUUCAAAAAGGUAUUCAAAUGUAUUUGAAAGGAUUGAGUUAUAGUUCGGCGACUCAAGAGGAUCUAUGGAAGUACUUAGAUCAAGCUGCAAAUCAUACAAUCGAUAUUGAGCAGAUCAUGACUGGAUGGACACGACAAUCAGGCUAUCCAUUGUUAGAAGUUAAUCGAAAUUAUAGCAGGACUGAACAACCAAUGGUAGGUGGUCAUAUGGUGAUUAGUCAACAGCCUUUCAAUCUUUUAUCAACGACGACAAAGUCAGAAAAAUGGUGGAUUCCAUUCAAAUAUUUUGAUCGAACUUUCAAUCAGUCACCGAAUGCAAGUGAAAUUAUAUGGCUUAAUGAUACAUCAAAGACGCUAACAAUUACCACAUCGGAUUCAGACUGGAUUUUGGCCAAUCUGGACUAUCUAGGUAUCUAUCGCACGAAGUAUGAUGCUCAAAAUUUCUGUCUAAUUAUGGCCCAACUUGAGAUGAAUCAUACAUGCAUUCCAACAAUUACUCGAGGUGCUCUUAUCGAUGAUGUCUUUGCUCUGUCGCGAGCAUCCUUAAUUAAUGCGUCUGAUCCAUACACAUUGAUUCGAUAUCUAAAGAACGAAACUGAUUUUGUUCCAUGGACGAUAGCACUUUCAGCUAUGAAUCAACAAGAAGUAUUACUUGCCGAACAAGAUAUUAUUCUUGAUCAACAAAACUAUUUUCUUGAAUUGAUUCUUCCAAUCUACAACAAAAUAGGAUGGACUCCUGUCAAUCAAUUGACCGAUUGGCUUCAGACUCUAUUACAACCAAAUAUCCUAUCAACUGUCUGUCGCUAUCGCUAUCAAGAAUGUAUUGAAGCAGCACAAAGUAUUUAUCGUAACUGGAAAUCGAAUCCUACUCUUAAUCAAAUCCCGGCUAAUGUUCGUUCGUCUGUCUAUUGUACAAUUAUUAGAGAAGGUUCACGAUCUGAUUUUACCUUUUUAUGGACUCGUCUUCAAAACGAAUCGAUUGCUAAUGAAGUUAUGAAUCUACUUGAAGGACUCGCUUGCACAGAAGAUCCACCAUUAAUUGUUUAUUUUCUUGAACAACAUUUCAAGAAUGAUUCAAUCAUUCGUGAUCAAUAUGUGAUACACUCCAUUACAAAUAUUGCUCGUUCACCGCGAGCUAAUCAAGUUGUAUGGAAUUGGAUUCGUGACAACUGGUCAAAACUUUUGUCAAAACGGGGAGUAUCACUCGGACGUUUAAGCAGAAUUAUUGAAGCCGUAUCAAGUCAAUUUAUUACUGUUCGAAAACGAGAUGAAUUAAAAGCGUUUGCUAAUUCGAUCACUAAUGAAGGUACUAUAUAUCGUCAGUAUUUUCAAUUAUUGAUCGACAGAAUCAAUGCAGAUAUCGAAUGGAUCACAGCCAAUCUUGCUUCAAUUAACACCUUCUUUCGUCCAAAUAAUAAUUCAUUUGUUAUGACACUAUAA